AUGACAUUGGGAUUCUUGGAAAACAGCAGCAGUAUUUCCUCCACCUUCCUGUUGAGUGGCAUUCCUGGGCUGGAGCACAUGCACAUCUGGAUCUCCAUCCCACUGUGCUUCAUAUACCUGGUUUCCAUCCUGGGUAACUGUACAAUUCUUUUUAUCAUUAAAACAGAGCCUUCACUCCAUGAGCCUAUGUACCUCUUCCUGUCCAUGCUGGCCCUGACUGACCUGGGUUUGUCUCUAUGCACACUCCCUACAGUGCUAGGCAUCUUUUGGAUUGGGGCACGAGAUAUUGGUCAUGAUGCUUGUUUUGUUCAGCUCUUUUUCAUUCAUUGCUUGUCCUUCCUGGAGUCCUCUGUGCUACUAUCUAUGGCCUUUGACCGCUUUGUAGCCAUUUGUCACCCCUUGCACUAUGCUUCCAUUCUCACCAACACAGCCAUUGGCAGAAUUGGCCUGGCUUCCCUAGGCCGAAGUGCAGCACUCAUUUUCCCAUUGCCUUUUAUGCUCAAGAGAUUCCCCUAUUGUGGCUCCCGGGUCCUCUCACAUUCCUAUUGUCUCCACCAAGAAGUGAUGAAAUUGGCCUGUGCAGACAUUAAAGCCAACAGCAUCUAUGGCAUGUUUGUCAUUGUUUCCACAGUGGGUAUAGACUCACUGCUUAUUCUCUUCUCCUAUGUUCUGAUCCUGCGUACUGUGUUAUCCAUUGCAUCCAAGGCUGAGAGACUCAAAGCUCUUAACACCUGUGUUUCCCACAUCUGUGCUGUGCUUCUCUUCUACACUCCUAUGAUUGGCUUGUCUGUCAUCCACCGCUUUGGAAAACAGACACCUCAUCUGGUACAAGUUAUCAUGGGCUUUGUGUAUCUUCUAUUCCCUCCCCUGAUGAAUCCCAUCGUCUACAGUGUGAAGACCAAACAGAUCCGGGACCGUGUGACCCAUGCCUUUGUUACUAGCUGUGUCUAG